AUGAAUGAAUCUCGCCCCAAGGAGUAUGUCAGACAACUGAGGGCUGGAACUGUCAACACAAACCAGGAUUCCCCAACUUCUGCUGGCCCCAGUGCCGCUCAGCCCAGUAAAGACACACUCAGUACCUUGGCAGAAGCCAAUACAGACACACUGACAGCACAGCAGGGUUCCCAGGGUAAGAAGACUUUCAAUAUAAACAGAGACUGUAAAAUACACAGGCAGACUCGCAAAAAGAAGUCCCAUCGGUGUUCUGAGUGUGGGAAGAGCUUCAGUCAUUUAGGAAACCUAAAUACUCACCAACGGAUUCACACAGGGGAGAGACCCUACCAGUGCACCCAGUGUGGGAAGAGCUUCACAGUGUUAGGAAUCCUAAAGAGCCACCAGCGUAUUCACACAGGAGAGAGGCCCUACCAGUGCACGCAGUGUGGGAAGAGCUUUAAUCGGUUAGGAACCCUAAAGACUCACCAACGGAUUCACACAGGGGAGAAGCCCUACCAGUGCACCCAGUGUGGGAAGAGCUUUAAUCAGUUAGGAACCCUAAAGACACACCAACGGAGUCACACAGGGGAGAGACCCUACCAGUGCACCCAGUGUGGGAAGAGCUUCAGAGUGUUAGGAAUCCUAAAGAGCCACCAGCGUAUUCACACAGGAGAGAGGCCCUACCAGUGCUCCCAGUGUGAGAAGAGCUUCAGAUAUUUAAGUCACCUGAAGAGACACCAGCGGAUUCACACAGGAGAGAGGCUUUACCAGUGCUCCCAGUGUGGGAAGAGCUUCAGUCAUUUAAAUCUGCUGAAGAGCCACCAGCAGUCUCACACAGGAGAGAGGCCCUACCAGUGCUCCCAGUGUGAGAAGAGCUUCAGUAUUUUAGGAAACCUAAAGACACACCAGCAGAUUCACACAGGAGAGAUGCCCUACCAGUGCUCCCACUGUGAGAAGAGCUUCAGAUAUUUAAGUCACCUGAAGGGACACCAGCGGAUUCACACAGGGGAGAGGCCCUACCAGUGCUCUCAAUGUGAGAAGAGCUUCAGUCAUUUAAGUCACCUGAAGAGACACCAGCGUAUUCACACAGGAGAGAGGCCCUACCAGUGCUCCCAGUGUGGGAAGAGCUUCAGACAUUUAAGUCAAAUGAAGACACACCAGUGGAUUCACACAGGGGAGAGACCCUACCAGUGCACCCAGUGUGGGAAGAGCUUCACAGUGUUAGGAAUCCUAAAGAGCCACCAGCGUAUUCACACAGGAGAGAGGCCCUACCAGUGCUCCCAGUGUGAGAAGAGCUUCAGAUAUUUAAGUCACCUGAAGAGACACCAGCGAAUUCACACAGGAGAGAGGCCCUACCAGUGCUCCCAGUGUAAGAAGAGCUUCCGUAUUAUAGGAAACCUAAAGACACACCAGCGGAUUCACACAGGGGAGAAGCCCUACCAGUGCACCCAGUGUGGGAAGAGCUUCAGAGUGUUAGGAAUCCUAAAGAGCCACCAGCGUAUUCACACAGGAGAGGGGCCCUACCAGUGCUCCCAGUGUGAGAAGAGCUUCAGAUAUUUAAGUCACCUGAAGAGACACCAGCGAAUUCACACAGGAGAGAGGCCCUACCAGUGCUCCCAGUGUAAGAAGAGCUUCCGUAUUUUAGGAAACCUAAAGACACACCAGCGGAUUCACACAGGGGAGAAGCCCUACCAGUGCACCCAGUGUGGGAAGAGCUGCAGGCAGUUAAGUCACCUGCAGACACACCAGCGGAUUCACACAGGAGAGAGGCCCUACCAGUGCUCCCAGUGUGAGAAGAGCUUCAGUCAUUUAAAUCUCCUGAAGAGACACCAGCGGAUUCACACAGGAGAGAGGCCCUACCAGUGCUCCCAGUGUGAGAAGAGCUUCAGCCGUUUAGGAAACCUAAAAAGACACCAGCAGAUUCACACAGGAGAGAGGCCCUACCAGUGCUCCCAGUGA